AUGUCCAACCAUAAGAGCAUUGAGUCAGCCAUUAAGAACCUGGAGAUUCAAGUGGGACACCUAGCUAAGCAAAUAGUGGAGAAUUCUUCUAGAGGUUUUGGAGCUAAUACAGAGAAAAAUCCCAAGGAAGAAUGCAAGGCUGUCAUGACUAGAAGCAAGAAGGAGACCAUGAUGGAGAUGAAAGUAGGACUAGUGAUGAGAAGGAGGAAGGAAGCACCAUAUCCAUUGGUGCCGUCUAAGAAGGACAAGGAACGACACUUCGCUCAUUUCCUUGAUAUAUUUAAGAAAUUAGAGAUAACUAUUCCAUUUGGAAAAGCCUUGCAACAGAUGCCACUCUACUCCAAAUUUCUUAAUGAUCUGCUGACCAAGAAGGGAAAAUAUAUUCACAGUGAUGAUAUUAUGGUGGAGGGAAAUUGCAGUGCUGUUAUUCAGAGGAUCCUUCCACUAAAAUACAAGGAUCCAGGGAGUGUCACAAUCCCUUGCUCAAUUGGUGUUGUGUCAGAUGGAAAAGCCCUUAUUGACUUAGGAGCUAGCAUUAAUUUAAUGCCUCUAUCCAUGUGCAGAAGGAUUGGAGAGCUAGAAAUCAUGCCUACAAGAACGACAUUGCGGCUAGCAGAUCGAUCAAUCAUAAGGCCAUAUGGUGUAGUGGAAGACGUGUUGGUCAAAGUGCAUCAAUUUACUUUCCUUGCAGAUUUUGUGAUAAUGGACAUUGAAGAAGACACUGGAAUCCCGUUGAUUUUAGGUCGUCCCUUCAUGUUAACAGCCAACUGUGUGGUUGAUAUGGGGAAAGGUAAUUUGGAAAUGAGUGUGGAUGACCAAAUGGUGAGAUUUGAUUUGUUUGAUGCAGUAAAGCACUCAAUUGACUGGAAUGUCUAUUCCAAGAUGGAUGAGAUUGAGAAUGAGAUAGCUCAGAUGGCCAGAGCUAAGAUUUCACAGGACCCUUAG